CCUGCGUGCGCAGAGAAAGUCAGACGUGUGCAGUGUGGCGGGUAAUUUAUACCCGUUUGGAUUUUUGUGUCUAUUUCUUUGAAUAAUAGUGUUUUAAGUACUGUCAUAGUGUUGUUCAUGUGUGUUUGGUACUGUUGUUAUACAUUGUAGAUCGAAAAGGAUUGUAAAAGUGUUGUUGUUAAGCAGUCGCGUCGUGUUUAUCUUGCAACCGGCCGGCCGACAUAACCUAUACAUACACAGGUGCUGACGUCAUUAUCUCAUCAACAUGUCAGUCAAUAAGGACCAGACGAUGAUGUUUGGCUUCUGCGAAGCACAAUUGAAAGAAGAAAAAAGCCGAUACGAUUACAAUAGUGAAGAUGAAAUUAAUCGGCUUGUUAUUGAUAGCGCAGACAGCGAUUCCGAUCAAAGGUUAAGCGAAGAUGAAGAAGAAGAAUUCCCUAUCAUAGAAAACGAAGACGAAGAUACAUCUUACACCGGUAGAGAUAACACAACCGUAUGGUAUUCAAAUCCUGAUAAAGCUAACAUUAUUAAGAAGGAUAUCAAACCAAUAAUAUCUGGUGCAAAACCUAAUGCUCAGAAAGCCAAAACAGAAUUAGAUUGUUGGAAUCUUUUCUUCACUAAAGACAUCAUGGAAGAAAUACUUCAUCAUACGAAUGUUGAAAUAAAUUCAAAAACAGUUCCAGAAACUCCUAACACACGCGCCUAUAUAAUAAAAGAAACAUCAAUGGAUGAACUAAUGGCCGUUUUGGGAUUAAUGUAUAUCGCUGGAUUGAACAAUUCCACAGGUUACAAUUUGACAGAUUUGUGGCGAUCCGAUGGUACUGGUGUAGAUAUUUUCAGGAUGACCAUGUCUUUACAAAGGUUUAAUUUUCUACAAAGCUGCCUGCGUUUUGAUGAUGCUACUACUAGGGAAGCCAGAAAUUCAGUAGAUAAUAUUGCACCCAUAAGAUCCAUGUUUGAAAAAUUCGUUGAGAAUUGUAAGGACGCUUAUUCUCCUAGUCAGUGUCUUUGUUUGGAUGCCAAGUACAUACCAUUUCGGGGAGAGUGCCAUUUCCGACAAUUUAUGAAACAGUCGUCAGCUGCUUACGGAAUAAAAAUGUAUGCGCUCGUUGACACCAAAGUUAAUUACACGGUCAAUCUUGAAAUACACGCAGGCAAUCAACCAGAUGGACCCCACGCCACCAGUUAUGAGCCGAGUGACGUAGUAGACAGGUUAGUGAAACCAGUCAGUAAAUCUAAUAGGAACGUGACCUUUGACAACCAAUUCACAAAUGUUCCUCUUGCUACACAUUUACUCAAUGUGCACGGCUUAACAUGUACCGGAGCGUUGAUGAAAACCUAUAAAGAAAUACCUCGUUGCUUCGUGAAAAUGGAAGGAAGGGGAGUUUAUAGCAGUCGAUUUGGCUUCCAAAAGGAUUUGACACUUGUCUCGUAUAUUCCCAAAAAAUCGAAAGUCGUUGUCCUACUAUCUUCUUAUCACCACGACAAGAAGAUCGACACGAAAUACAGUGAAAAACCAAAGCCAGAAAUCGUAUCAUUCUACAACUCGACAAAAACAGGCGUUGAAUUUGUCGACAAACUAACCAAAAUGUACGACGUAAGAAACUAUUGUAAAAGCUGGCCAAUCCUAAUACUUUACACUAUGCUGAAUAUUGCUGCAAUAAACAGCUUCAUUAUUUACCGUGAGAACAAUAAUAACACUAAAUUAAGGAGGUGCGAGUUUAUCAGGAAGCUAGGAUUGGCGUUGUUAGAACAACACUUGAAGAUAAGGAAGAAUAAAAGUAGCUUGCCUCGGGAGCUAAAGAAGCGAAUUUUUGAACAAGUUGGUGAGUCGGUUUAUGAUCCACCAGGACCUUCUGAAGACAAGUACCCUUACAAGAGAUGCAGAGUCUGUCCUUCUGCUAAAGAUAGGAAGACAAAAUAUAAAUGUAUUGAGUGCAAAAAACCUAUUUGCUUGGAACACGUUGUUACUAUGUGUCAGAGUUGUACUGCUCAUACUAUGGAUUAAUUUGUAAGUACAUUAAAAUGAACAAGUAA